UUAACAUUCAAAGCAUCUCUUUCAAUGAGCAAGAUAUUUUGGUACUGUAUCUUCAAUUUCUCACCUUAUUUAAAACUGGUGACGCUCAACCACAACUUUCCACUGACUCUAGAUGGUAAUCUGAGCGUUUCCGUGGUUGUGCUUUUGAGAGGGAACUUGAUCAGCACUUUGAAACAAAUAUUAAAGAAUUAGUGCGAGUAUCUGAAAAACUAAAUAAUUAUUGCGAGUGUCUGAAGUCAUGAUGUGGAUCAUACACCCUGUGUCCAUUUUUACACUCUACAUGUUUCUCUUCAAUGAGCUGGCAGCUCCAGCUAACAAUUCAACCACAGAAGACAGAGUUUGUGUUGUUCUUCAUCCGUUAUUGUACGGCAUCAUCUGCUUCCUCGUUUUCUUGGUUGUCAUUCUCCUGAUUCUUCUCUUUAAAGUAUUCAUCUCGAUGCAAAGUGGCUUUAGAAGAGACACUAUCCACAUAGCCAGCGACACGGGAGAAUCAACCGCUUUCAGUCAGAAUAAUGCAUUAAGUAUUUCCUCUCCUUCAUGCGAUGGUGGAGAUAAUUCAUCCUCUACUAGUUCUGGGACCCCCGAAGGCUCGCUGGCUGAUCUCUCUCAGCGGUAUGCAAGCCUUCAAGACCGUUCUAAGACUUCUGACUACAUAAAUGUUGCAGAGAGUGCUUCACCUGCACCAGGGGCCUUUCGUAAUAAAAAAAUGGAUAUAGACUAUGUGAAUGUUAAAGAGUCCCAACAACAGAAGACAAUCAACAGUAAAGGCCAAGCGAGCUGUGAUGACGGCACUAAAAGUGUUAGCAGCGAUGCUAGCGACGAGUCUGCUGUGAAUUACUCCAAGAUUGUCUUUAUUAAGACAGAUAGGUCUAAGUAAAAGAUAUGAUUGGCUUUGGUAAAAAAAAAAA